CUUCAAGACGCUGAGAAGCAAUGAAUUUAGAGUGUUGGUGAUAUGACUCAAAAUUGUUCUCAUUGGCGCAGAUGCAUUCAUUCUUUGUGAUAUCCGAGAUCCACUAGAUCCUCAUUUUUCUCCAUGCAGUUAUUCUUUCGCCUAUACAUCCCCGUUAACUAUAUUUCUUUCGAAUUCUUUUCUGUACCUUUGUGUGCUAUUUGAAGUGUGGUAAAUAGGACUGUUAUACUUCUCUUUAUAGUUCUACUUUGAAAACUCAAUGAGUCAGCCAUUUUAGUGUCAAAGGCGUAUGUGACUCUUAAGGAUGGGUUAAUGUUAAAACUGUUCUUGUUAAAAAGAGUGCACACUGUAGGUUAGGAGAAAUAACUUCUAGAAUACCGUCUGUACACCCUGUUAGUUUGAGUUCAAACUUUACAUUAUUAUCAUACUUGUAUCUCAAACAUUUCACAGCACUGUAUAGUAUUUACGAGGUGAUUUAUUCGUGACUGGUACACCAACAGGUAGUGUAAACAGAUGCGGAAUGUAAAAUGGAUAAACACCAGCACUGAAUUUCCCACAGAAGUGCAUCAUUUCAAGUCUCCAUACUUCGUAAAAGCAGAAAAAAGUUCAAUGAAACCACAAUAGGAGAAAACGUACAGGAGAAAAAGUAACUAGGUGAAGAAGUAUGGGGAUUAAAUGAAUGUAGAGGGGAUACAUCUGCGCCAUUGUUAACAGUUUUGAGUCAUUUCACCUACAGUCUCCAACUAUUGGUCUUUAACAUCUCGAGAAUCCCAGCCAAACAAUAUACAUGGCUGAUACCAUGCGUGGCGCAUUCUAGCCAACCGAAUCAAUGCAGCUUCCCAGCCUAGCCUUAUUAUUACUGAUAAUUCCCCACCAUCUUUGGAGAAAUGUUCUUUUGGUUUAAGUCGACUCUCAGACAAAGGGUUCCUGGUUCGAGUCUCACUCCACUUCACCGCCUUAAUAUGAUUACGCGCAAUAAAAUGUCUUCGAAAUGUCAUCAGCAAAUAAUACUUCGUCACUAUGCUUUUUGCCCAGUGAAAUCAAUCUAUGAUGGAAUUAGCCCCCUUCAUCUAAAAGCUGAACACGAAGAUUUUACAACUACUUUCUAACUCUAUUCUAUUCUAACCGAAAAAUCUAACACCCGUAAGGUGAAUUUCUCAGAUUUGCCGUGUUGGCCAGGUGGGGUUAACUGAGUAACCAUACUUGGGUCUUGUAAUGCCUGUCUCUGAAAUGCAAUAUACAUGCAUGGCUCGAGAUGCCAGAGUUCUGACUGGUGAUGUUUGUUGUCCGAUUUGGCAGAAGCUCCUGACGUUAAAUGCCCCAAUAUGAAGUAGGUAAUGUCGCUUUAAGAGACCAUCAGUUUGUUUCCGGCUGUCCCCGCUGUUAUUGGUUGUAGAGUGAGGAAAAGAUGGAAGACCUGCCUGUUGAAUAUUAUUAACUGUAGGAUGAAAGCGAGAUGACGGUAACGUAGAUAAAGUGUAUGAUGAUGAGUAGAGCUUUGUGUACUUCGGGAAGUAUGUGGGUAAUUGUUACUUCCCGGGCUCCCACACUGUGGAAAUAGAUUUUUCUUGGGAUACCUGAAACAUAAAGAGAAUUAGUGUUGCGUGACCGCAGAGCCCAGGGAACAGCUGCUUGAGGCUGGUCACACACGGCCUGUUUGAACUGGUUAUUAGAGUUGUGUCCAUAUUAAGAACUUACCGCCGUAGAGUAAGUCAGGAGGUCGACCUUUUCUAACCCCUUCUCCAGAGUGGUGAGGCAGCAUAACUGGCAUUCCAGUCUUCUGAUGGAAGCGCCUUACUGCUGUUACAUCCCUGUUCCCCGACAGUACAACUUAGCCCACAGACCCCUAGCACAGUAUAAACAUCUUAAACUAUGCUGCUAACUUCUUUUUGUCUAAUCGCCAUCCUAACAACGAUUCUGGCAUGGUAGGUCUUCUGGGAACAUUAGUUCCAGCCAGUGUAGCUCGUUGGUUCAUUGGGAUAUGCAAGCUGAACCACCAUGUCAAGAUAGCAGCUAUCGGUCUAGUCUGUUGCCUUCUCAUAGCCGGCACUGGAGUCGGCUAUCAAAAUCUGUCGAAUCUAUCUGUAAAUAUUCCCAGCUCCUAGUCAACUUAAUCAGUAGGUCUACCUCUGAUUGCUUGUAAUGUAACUUCGUUACUCCGCAAUGACAUACUGGUUACUAGUGUUCCGUUCGCAGCUACUAGACAUCCUACAAUGAAAUUAGCCGAGGGUCGUAUAGCAAAUAUUUAAAAGGAUAUCGUAUCUUACAUUCGGAUUGCUAAAGAAUAUUUGUUAUUAAUGAGGAAACAAUAUCUUGAAAAUACGAGAGAUGUGGAAAUUGUCUACGACGCUGAUCUACGGCUCAUAGUCAGUUAGGGACGUAGAUGCGUCUAUCACAUGUUCACUCAUUAUUUGUUAGAGUACCACCACAUAUUCCCAUGGUGAUGUUAUUCCCUAGGUGGUAACUAGGAUUUAUGUUCAGCUGACGAGUUUUACAUAGGACGGAACACUCGUUCUCGAUUCCACUGCUACACUGUAAACUAUGAUUAUUUAUAACAUUUUAUCUGAUUACAAUGGAAUACUUUCUCAUUUGACAUUUCUAGACAAAGAGAACCUUGGUGAUAGCAGGUUCAAAUAUGAGUGAUUAACUACCUCACGGACUAAACAUGUAAAUGUAGUCACUAAUCCAGAUUACUCUGCACCUCUUCAAAUUCCUAACUUGUUCUGGUACAUAAAUUCUAGUUUAAAUAGUACAACUCGGUAUUAUCUGUCGAGUAAAUUAAACUGGUAGUUUUUUUUAAAUUCAUGAAAAAUCCCCAUUCGAACAUUAAUAGACAGAAGACCAGUAGUUCAGCGAAGAAUCUCUUUUCGGCGAAUUCAUUUUCAUAGCUGUACAAUCGCAAAUAUAUAUGGUUGUUUUGUAUGUGUGUGUGUGUACAUUAAAUUUGCCAAACGAAAAUACAAUUAGUAAGUUCAGAUGAAUUGGAUGUUGAUAUAAGAGGGUAGUAACAGUAGUGAUGAGUUGUCACAAACGAUUGUUAAAGAAGAGUUACGUAAUAACACGAAUAGUUUGAUCAAAGAGUUGUGCUCAGGGUGUACAUAGAAACAAAAUAACAUACGGAAUUACGCAAGAGUUUUAAGUAGUUAGAAAAAUAAGCAUUCAAGAUGAUGGUGUCGUGAACAGUUUAAAUAUAGUAUGCCGAAUCAAAUUCAUUAAUUUUAUCCAAGAGCUUCAACAGAAACCAUCUGCGAAUUUUUAUAGAACUCCUUCGAAAUCCCUGACGAAGGAGAAAAUAUAUGACGUCUUCCCAGAUAAUCCUGAGGAGUUUGUGUAUAACCUGUCGAGUUUGAAUUUAAGCCGCAUUGAAAUGGAAGCGCUUUCCCUCGGAUUUAACUUCCAUAUCCCGAAUAACUUUGUCAAAAGAACCGAUGUCGCAGCUCGAUUCGAAAACCUUUUCUAUCAGCUGAAUGACCUUACCCCAGUUGAUGAGGACAAGAAGAGCUGGUUCAAAUCUAAGCUGGUUGACGUUGCAAAUCAAUACCUCAUUUCUCCAAUGUCAUAUUCCAAAGUCCUUUCUGAUGAGCAUCAAAGAGCAUUGAAAGCUCUCAAGAAUAGUGACAGAAUUGUUAUAUUGCGACCUGACAAAGGCUCAGGAUAGAGAGAACUACAUUGCAAAGAUGAAAGCUGUGUUAAAUGACCCGUUGAGGUUCAAAGUUGACAAUUGCCAGAAAGAUAAGACUGAUGCAGUCGAAAAACGUAUCACAAACUCACUGAAAGAUCUUCUAAAGAAGAAAUUGAUUGACAACAAUACGUACAAUGAUUUGAAACCGCGAGGGUCCCGCUUGCCACACAUGUAUGGCGUUCCGAAGAUACACAAAAAACAAGUCCCCCUGAGACCCAUACUUUCGAUGAUCAACUCGCCCCAACAUAAGAUGGCACGUUGGCUUGCAGAGAAGUUGGAACCUAUUCGUCAACGGUUAGGCGUGCACACUAUGAGGGACUCAUUUCAUUUCUCGGAAAGUGUGAACCACAUGAACGUUUUAAAUAAGUUCAUGGUGUCAUUUGAUGUAACCUCCUUGUUCACAAUGAUUCCAGUCAACGAAACUAUUGAGAUCAUUUGUCAGCAGUCUGAUCUUCUCCCACUCCCAGAGUCGGAAUUCAAACGCCUACUCCUUAUGUGUACCAUGGAUGUGCAAUUCCAAUUUGACAACACUCUUUACCGCCAAAUAGAUGGUGUAGCUAUGGGCAGUCCACUUAGCCCUGUUUUAGCAGAUAUAUUCAUGUCCAACCUUGAAAGAACAAAGUUGAAGCAUGCAAUCGACGAAACAAAUUCCUACUGUCGAUAUGUUGACGACACAUUUAUAGUGUGCAACAAUGAAAGUCAUGCUUCACACUUACUCGGAUUAUUCAAUGAUGCACACAGCAAUAUUGAGUUUACUAUGGAACAUGAAAGUGACGGAAAGUUUCACUUCCUCGAGAUUGCCAUAGAACGCCUAGAAGACGGUAGUCUUCAAAAGUCAAUUUAUCGAAAGCCUACAUGGAAAGGACAUUACUUACAUUUCAAUAGCUUUUGUCCAAAUAGCUUUAAACGCGGUCUAGUCAAGACUCUGUACUAUAGAGCGAGAAGAAUAUGCUCUAUAGAGAAAUUAGAGGAAGAAUUUGAGUUUCUUGAAAAGACAUUGAAGAGCAAUGGGUACCCUCAAAGGUUCAUCAACAAGUAUGGAAGAUCUGAAGUCAAAAAUGUAAAACAAAUCACAGUGGAAAAAAAGCCAAUCUACUUUCAGCUUGAUUAUAAAGGUGAGAACAUUACAGCGAUGAACAACCGAAGGCUGAGUACAUCACUAGCUAUAGCCUAUCCUGCAGCUAAGCUCGUUCCCGUCUAUCGAACAGUUUGCUCUUUGGUGCAAUCAAAAAUCGAUAGAUAUCCUUCUCAUGUGAACUCCAACUGCAUAUACAAAUUUACAUGUAUCCGCGGGAGCAGUUACAUUGGAAGGACAAAAAGAAGAGCAUAUCUACGAUUUUCUGAACAUGUACCAAAAAGCUUACAUCUAAAGGGAACAAGUUCUUUAAACAGUGCCAUCGCCAGGCAUCUCCUCGACACGGGUCAUGAGGUGGAAAUCGAGAAAUCCUUUAAAAUUAUUAAUAGACAAAGGAGCUCCACUCUCUUCAAGUUUGCCGAAGCAAUUUCUAUCAAACGCUUCAAACCAGAUUUAUGUGUUCAGAAAGAAGCAGUUAUUAGUCUUUCCUUGCCAUGGUAACUGGAUGUCUUUAUUCCCUACUCUGAUUACGUAAUCUUUGUCUUUAACCUCACCCCUCUUUUUUAUAAUCUGUAAUAUUGCUUGUCUCUUGUUUCUAUGAUGUGAUUUGAACUCAGUACAUCGUUACCAAAUUUAUUAGUUACUCAUCAUCUUACUCACCUCUCGACUUUGUUACGUGACUCCUUUACCAUUGUAUGCAUACAUUUAUUUUGACUUGAACUGCCUGUGUAAAAACUAUAUAAGCACAAUUUUCUGAGCACUUUUCACUAAUUGUGGAACUUUCUGUCAACUGACAACAUGUAAAAUUUGCAAGCUGUAAGCCGCUGGUGAGAAGCCGACGAAAUAAAUGAUGGUACCAUAUUAUUCUGCACAAACCACUGUUGCUGUUCUUGCUUUAUUCAAAUUCAUCAAGGGGAAUAAAUGCAUGAAGUUGAUGGAAUGACUGAGAAUCGGUCUUCAUGUCUCCGAUGCAUUUACUCCUGAUAAUUCCAAAAAUCCAUUAAAUUCUUAUUAUUCUAAUACGAGACAAGUCUCCCACAC